GAGACAACGUAGUUACUACGGAAACUGUGUCGUUACGCUGUUUACGUAGCCAGGCUAGAGCGCUUCAGAGGACGUGCUUGUUUCGCUGCUUUAACUAGAUAUUAUCAUGUGUAUGUAAUAUAACAGGUAACUCCCUGAUGGAAACACCAUGUCGGUCCCUGGAUCUCGACUGUCAGGGCUGGGUCAGAUAACCGACUACCUCUACAUAGGCAAUGCCAAAGCAGCCAAAGACAGCUCAGUUAUAGCACGCCUCAACAUCAGCUGUGUUAUAAAUGCCACGUUGGACAACAGCAAACCAUGCCUCCCUUCUGUCGAUUAUGUCUGGGUGCCCGUCGCCGACUCCCCUGAAACCCAGCUCCAAGAACACUUUGACACAGUGGCGGACAAAAUCGAUAAAGUGAGGGCGCAGUGUGGUCGGGUUUUGGUGCACUGCUGUGCCGGCGUGAGUCGCUCAGCCACUUUGUGCCUUGCCUUUCUUAUGAAACACUGCCGCAUGUCUCUGGUGGAGGCACAUGGCCUCGUGAAGUCGAGAAGACCGAUUAUCAGGCCCAACGCUGGUUUCUGGAAACAGCUGGUUGAAUAUGAGGUGAAGUUGCGAGGAACACGCUCUGUGAUGAUGGUAUCGUCGCCAAUAGGGCUGAUUCCAGACUUGUAUGAGAAGGACACUAGAGGUUUGAUACCCUUUUGACACACAUUCUGUGGUCACAACCACUGAACCAGAGCUGAAUCGAGCCAUUUAAGGGACAUUCCAGAUUAAGUGAAAAAUGAAGUCAUUGCUCACACCCUAAGGAAGUGCCACCGUAGUCUUUAGAGGGAAAAUUUCCAGAUUUAAUCACUAGGAAAAAAAUUCUGAUGAUGCUUUUGAAGGUGGAGGGACCUUUAGAAGAAAAACUGCAGCUGCUUUGACAGGCAGGCUGGAAGGCAGAUAGCUAGCAUUACUUGUAGAGAGCCAAAAGAUCAGGGAUGACUAAUGCAGAAGGUUUAAAUAAACAUAGAUCUAACAUGGAACACAGGCAAAUAAUAAAGCAUAAGAAACGAAUAAAAACAUGAAAAAGAAGUCCAGCAAACAAACUAAAGCUAGGCUAGGAUAUGCUGUGCUAAGUUUAGCAAAUGCAUCGUACAUCUUGGUUAUUGUGCUGGGAGAUCACCGAUGAACGAAAACACAAAAAUGGAAAAAUCAUGUAACAUAAAAUGGUAAAUUGCGUAAAACUGAUAAGAGAACAGGGAAACAGUGCUGUGCUGCAAAAUGCUGCAUAACACAUUAAAUAAAACAUAGUUUUAGGCUGGAAUGCUCCUCUAAGAAAUCUGACUAUCUAGUCUUAAUGUGGGCUGUAUGGGGGGCUCAGAGACUAAACAAUAACAAUGACAAUAACAGCAGCAUGGCAUGAAUUAGCUGUAAACGCUAACUGCGCAAUAUCUAUAAAACGGCCUGUUGCAGUUAUAUUGUUAAAAUAUUACUAUGAAAAACACAUCAGCGAAGGCUUAAUGUUACAUGGUUAAAGGUUAAGCUGCAUUAUCUUUGAUCAUUUAUGUAUGUUAAUUCAAACGGAUGCUUUAUUUAUUCACAGAAACGUUUGUGAUUGGUUACAAUGCACAGAGAACACACGUUAAUUUGCAUAUAUUAGUGUUUUGAAGGCAGGAUCAUGAUAACGACUUCCAAACAUUGUGCAGUCCUACUGCUAACUGUUCUUUGAAGCUAGAGAAUACCAUGAACCGCAUUCCUAAAUGGGUUUAUUCAUCAUGGGCUAUUGUUGCCUCAAACGACCAAGCGUUUUAUGAUGGUUCAAUAUGGUUUUCUAAAGUUGAAGUUUAUUAAUUGAUGUGAAAGUGGAAAUAAAAAGCUAUUUAUACUU